CCACUGCGCUCGCAUCUCCGAAGCACAAAGACAAAAUCUCGUCAAAAUUCUCCACCCGGAUUUCCUCCAUGGAUUUGGAAUCAUCGCUUUUUCCCGGGGGUGUAUUGUUAUGCCGCAGCCCCUCGUCGUCAUCAUCAUCAUUACCAUCGUUAUCAUCCGGGAGUGAUGAUAACGACGUCGCAGCGGCGGACACGCAACCUUUCAACGGCUGAUCUGAACUCACAUUCGGCCAUCCGUCGUCCAAGCGAGCGGUGGGCGCCGCCAUAGCCCACCCGGAACUGCCUAAUCGCCCUGGCUGGAUGAUUGAUGUCUGGCUGGCAUCCUCCCACCCACCCACCCCCUCUUCUUAACCCCAAAGCCAGAGCCCACUAAUGGCUGCUCCACCCUGAGCUAUCCCACAACAUCACACAGGACACUGACACGUGAUUACACGUGAAUACAGUACGGCCAUUUUGUAUUAUUGUUUACUCAUUUAAAUCAAUCAUAUUGAAACUAUUUGCAUUGCGAUACAGAAUAAAACAACAUUGGAAUAAAAUAAACACCACGAUACAUAUAUCGAUAAUGUAACAGUAUGCUACAUGGUAUCGAGGCGAUACCACAUUUUGCUGUAUCGCCCACCCCCCCUAUUGUGUACACAUACCUGGUUUGAUACAUGUACUAUUUGCCUCUAUUUUGUGUAUUUCUUGUGUAAUAAUGCUAAGUUCAGUAGCUAACGUCAUUCCAUUUUAUCGCAGGCUUAAAUCAUAAAUAUCAAUGUGUGUAACAAUUGAUCGGUGAUGUCAUUUACACUUACGUAUGUUGAAAAAAAAAAAAGAUAGCGCGUGAGUGCGUUUCCACUUCCGGGUUCUGUGCUGCUAUUGGUAACAGACGCCAAACAUUAAAAAAAAGAAGCUUCUGAACCGCUUUUACUGCAGUCAUGAGUUCGCCUUUGUCGAUGCUUAAGAAAAAUAGACGUUCUCCACUUGAGAGUGAGAAUACAAGGCCGUGAGUAAAUGAAAAUAAGAAGGAACCUGACUAAAAACGUUUAAAUAUUUAUAUUCCGUACAUGCUAGCGCCAAGAGACUUCCGGGAAACGCGGUCACGUGUUCUGAUUUUUAUUUAGUAGUUUAGCUUGUUUCUUAUCAAGGCGAACAAGGAUAGCUAACACAUUUUGGGCUCAAGAUCCAAUUAAAAAUGUUUAAUUACAUAGUCCAAUGGUGUCACAUACAUACAGGGGCCAGAAACAAGUACAAUUCAGGGAAACUGCAUCACCAGAUAUAUCAAUUUCAGAAUUACCAGUAUCAGAUAAUCCAAGUCUUCCUGGGGGCGGUGAUGUUAACUCCACCAUUUGUGAAGCACCAAAAAAAGGUGUUCCGCCAAGCGACCUUAUGCUGAUGUCUGUCAUGAUGCAGCGACUGACCCUGCUGGAGAGGAAGGUCAGAAGCCAAAAAGAGGAGAUGGGGCACAAGGAAAACAUGAUUUCAAUUUUGAAGGACCAACUGAAGGCUCAAGAAAUGUCAGAGGGAUGCAGCAAACUUGAGAGAAGGUGCCAACAGCUUCAGCACCAAGUGGAUGAAAUGGAGAGCUUCCUGAACGACUAUGGUUUGAUUUGGGUCGGGGACAGGAAACACAGGGAUGCGGCGGUGCAAACAAGCUCAAUCACAGGUACCAUCAUUCUCUAUUAUAACUGUAAUUUUCCAUUAAAAUAUAAGGUGUACCUUCUCACAGAUACUUCGGGGCUUAGACAUUUCCACAUGGACUUUGACCUUCUGCUACAGAGGAUCAAGGAGCUGAACAUCCUGGCAGGGGAAGGGGAAUCGUUUGUACAAUCCACACCAAGUGGGGCACAGUUGGCUCGAAAGGUUCCCGUGCAACUGAGACUCUACAGAAACGGCAUUGUGAUGUUUGAAGGACCUUUCCGCUCUUACCAGGAGGACAGCACGCAGCAAUGCAUGCAAGAUCUCAUGGAUGGCUAUUUUCCAUCUGAGCUUCAGGAUCGAUAUCCAGAUGGCGUGCCUUUCGAGGUGCAUGACAGACGAGAGGAGGAAUUUAUCCCCAGACUACCAUGGGGUCAUUUUCCAGGUGAAGGACAUGCUGUACAGGACAGAAGAGAUGAAGCAUAUCCGGGUAAGACAUUAUGCACAAACCACUUCCUGAGAAGACUACCCAAAGUGGUGGUGAAGGCGGGUCGAGUGAUUGAUGUCAGGGACUCGGGGUCACCUGACACCCGCAUCAGCAACUCAGUCAUCCUGGUAGAUACGCCAGCACUGCAAGUAAUCAAGGACAGGUUGCACACACCGACCUCUGACCGGCCUUCUGGUCAUAACAUCAUCACACUCAAAGUCAAGUCAGAAGAUGGCAAUAGCACUUACAUACUAAAAAUGUGCCUUUCCGAGACCGUGGGUCACUUACGACAACACCUGGACAGAUUUAGGGGACAUGACCUGGCUGGCUAUGACAUUAUCAGCGCAUACCCUAAGCGGCACUACAAUGAUGAUUGCCAAACGCUUGGGUUGUGCGGACUCACGACAAAUGUCACUCUUAUUCUGCGAGGAAGGAAAACACAAAUGUGAAAUAAAUGGCUCAUUUAAUAAUGAAGAAGUGUCUUCAGUAGGCCUCUUUUACAUUAAAUUACCAAUGAACUAAACCUGAUGUCUUAAAUAAAAGUUUUAAAUAUUAUU